AUGCUAACAAUACCAACUACAGGGGAAGGGAAGAGUGCUCUGUUAGUGAGUGUAUUCUAUGGCUGGCUGGACUGUGUCAAGCAUCUUGUGGAAACUGUGGGCCUCGAUCCAAAAGGUACAGUCAACAAGGCUGGUGACACCCCACUCUCUCUGGCCUGUGCUAAUGGCCACUUGGACACAGUCAAGUAUCUUGUGAACGAACAUAAUUGUGAUCCUAGAAGGUCAGUCAACAAGGCUGGUGACACUCCGGCCUACAAAAACAGACACUUGGAGACUAUCAAAUAUCUCGCUCAAGAACGCCAGUGUGACUCAAAAUUUGCAGUGAAUGAGGCUAGAGACACUCCUCUCUCCCUUACAUGUUCCCGUGGUGACCUGGAGAUGGUCAAGGCUCUCAUCAACAAGCAUGUUGAUACAAAUAAGCCAGUCAACAAGGCUUGUGACACCCCACUCUCUCUGGCCUGUGCUAAUGGCCACUUGGACACAGUCAAGUAUCUUGUGAAUGAACAUCGUUGUGAUCCUAGAAGGUCAGUUAACAAGGCUGGUGACACCCCACUCUCUCUGGCCUACAAAAACAGACACUUGGAGACUAUCAAAUAUCUCGCUCAAGAACAUCAGUGUAACCCAAAAUUUGCAGUGAAUGCUGCAGUGAAUGCUGGAGACACUCCUCUCUCCCUUGAGUGUUCCCGUGGUAACUUGAAGAUGGUCAAGGCUCUCAUCAACAAGCAUGUUAAUCCAAAUAGUGUUCUCUUGCUAGCAGUAAAGCAUGAGCAAGACUCAAGAGUGGAGUUUUUUCUGGCAGAAUGUCAUUGUGAUCCGAAUGUGACCGACAAAGAAGGCAAGACACCUCUCGAUUUGGCCAAUAACCCUAAGAUCAUAAAGCUCCUCUUGAAACACGGAGCCAAGGCUGCCAAUGUCUACAAGAAACACAGCAAGCUCAUCGGAAAGCUCUCCUCCGAGCGACCCCCACACCUUCCUCUGUCUGUGCUCAUCAUUGGUGAUGGUGGUGUGGGGAAGAGCACUCUGUUGAAAUCCAUUCUGAACCCAAAAGGCUUUUGGUCUAAACUACGGAAAGCAAAACCCGUAGAUGGCAUCGAUGCGAGGACAGUGGGGAUCAUACCGUACGAAAUAUACACCAAAGAGUUUGGGAGAAUCAUCUACUUUGAUUUUGCUGGUCAGAAAGAGUUUUACACGAGCCACUGUGCCAUUCUGGAGAAUGCUGUUCAAACCUCACCACCCAUCAUUAUCCUCUGUGCUAAGCUUGUAGAAAGUGAGCAGGCGAUCAUUGAUUCCAUGUAUCGUUGGUUGACCCUCGUCCAAAACCAGUGUAGCAAUCUGAAAGGCAAAGCACACGUGAUAGUAGUUGGUAGCCAUGCCGACCAGGUAAAGGAAAUGGGAGAAGAUCCACAAGUCAAAGAGAGUAUCUUUGCCUCCAUUAUCAAGCAAUUCCCAAAGUUCAAGUUUAAAGAGUUCAUUCCAAUGGAUUGCCGCUUUGCUGAUUCAAAUGAUAUGACAAAAGCAAGAAAACAGAUUCAGAAAAGCUCCGCUCUUCUCCGCUCUCCAGAAUCCAUCAGCCUGAAUGCUCACACCUUUUACAUCUACCUUGCCGAAAGCUUCAAAGAUGAACUCGCAGUUUCAUUGAAGGUUGUUCAACAGCGAAUACACAGCGAUCUAGACCAAACACACGAGUCAGAGAAAAUGGCAGACAUUCUUUCUUUCAUUCCGACCACCCUCAACCGUCUAGUUGAUAUCUGUGGCCAGUUAAGCAAGGUGGGGCUUUUGCUGUUUCUUCCCAAUGAUUCCUCAUAUGAAAAUUCCUUUCUGAUCUGUGACUCUAAACAAUUGCUGUCUGAUGUCACUGGGACAGUGUUUGCUCCUGAGCACUUUCGUCAGCACUGUGAUCUCGCCUCAAGCACUGGAGUGGUGCCUUUUUCCAAGUUUAAAAAAGCCUUCAGUAACUACGACACAGAAAUGCUGAUUGCUUUCAUGACACACUUAGAGCUGUGCUUUGAAAUCAAAGACAAGCAAGUUCUAGAGUACAUUCAGAAGAUGGAGCCAGACCUAGACGACACUCGCUACCUCUUCUUCCCCGGGCUAAUCAGGGUAGAAACCCCCGAGCGUGUGUGGGAGGAAGACCCUUUCAUGAGCUACCACUUUGGAUGGAUACUCGAAACCUCUCAGAAUACACAUUUUUACGAUCCUUGCUGUCUUCAGGUCCUCAUUCUGAGGAUAGUGUUCACGUUCGGCCUUGCCCCUGCUAGCAAAGUAUUGCAUGAUAUCCCUUCCCUGCAGAAAUUCUGUUUAUUGUGGAAGAGUGGAAUCUGCUGGUGCAACGAUGAUGGGAUCAUCACACACCUCGAGCUUUGUAACAAUAAAUCUUUCACUACCGUAUAG